AUGAGUUAUUAUGGCAGCUACUAUGGGGGCCUGGGCUAUGGCUAUGGCUCUGGUUAUGGCUGUGGAUGUGGCAACUUCCGUGGCCUAGGCUACGGCUUUGGUGGCUAUGGCUAUGGAGGCCUAGGCUAUGGUGGCUAUGGCUAUGGCUGCCGCCCAUUUUGCUAUGGAAGCCUAGGUUAUGGUAGCUAUGGAUAUGGCUACUGCCAGCCAUCUUACUGUGGAAGGUUUUAUUCCUACGACUUCUCCUAA